ACCCCUAGCCCAGAAAAAAUGGUGUCCGAAGAAGCCCCCCCUGACAGCCAGCAGGGGCCGGCCCAGGAGGAGCCCCAGACUCGCCUCCUGAGUGCGACAGCCCGGCGAGGCCCACGGAGCUUGCCUCCAAUUCCUUCAGCUUCCAGAACCGGCUUUGCAGAAUUUUCCAUGAGAGAGCGUAUGAGGGAGAAAUUGCAAGCAGCCAGGUCUAAAGCAGAAAGUGCGUUGCUCCAGGAAAUUCCCACCCCUCGACCUCGGCGCUUACGGAGUCCCAGUGUGAAGGAAUUGGAGACUGAAUUUGGCACAGAGUCAGGGAAAGAAGCAGAAAGGACUCAACCAGAAGAUGCUUCCCAAAGUCAUCCAAGAGUCAAGUUCCGCGACUCUGCACGAAAAAUCAAGCCCAAACCCCGGUUGCCGCCUGGCUUCCCUUCUGCAGAAGAGGCCUAUAACUUCUUCACUUUCAACUUUGAUCCCGAACCCGAGGAACCAGAGGAAAAACCAAAGCCAAAACCCAGAGAUGAAACUGGCCAAGAGGAGGAGAAAGGGGAGGAGGAACCACCCUCGCAGGAAGGAGCCGACAGAAUGGAUGAGGAAGAGCUGGUCCAAGGUCAAGAGGCUGAGGACUUCCUGCUGGGCUUGGACCACAGGGCUGCGGACUUCCUGGCCGUCAGACCCGCAGACUAUGAAAGCGCCCAGGUGCGGCUGCAGCGGGAGCAGGAAAUGCUCUUCGUACCCAGCAGACGGACAGUGCCUACCUAUAAAAAACUUCCAGAAAAUGUACAGCCCAGAUUCCUGGAAGACGAAGGCCUUUACAUCGGGGCGAGACCGGAGGUGGCUCGCGGUAACCAGAACAUCAUGGAGAACAGAUUGCUGACGCAGGAGACCGGGAGAAGGUGGUUUGGAGAUGAUGGCAGGAUCCUGGCACUGCCUAACCCCAUCAAGCUGCUUCCUUCCAGGCCACCGGUGUUGACACAGGAGCAAAGCCCCACGGCGGAACUGGAGACCUUGUAUAAGAAGGCGGUAAAAUAUGUCCACAGGAGCCAGCAGGUGAUAGGCUCUGGAGACCCUUCUGGAAAUUUCCAACUGGACGUUGAUAUUUCAGGGUUAAUCUUCACGCAUCAUCCCUGUUUCAGCCGAGAGCACGUUUUGGCAGCCAAGCUGGCCCAGUUGUACGAUCAGUACGUGGCAAGGCAGCAGAGAAACAAGGCGAAAUUUCUUACUGAUAAGCUCCAAGCUCUAAGGAAUGCUGUUCAGACUGGCCUUAAUCCAGAAAAACCUCAUCAAUCUCUUGAUAUGAACCAGAAGACCAUCAAUGAGUAUAAAGCUGAAAUCCGACAAACAAGAAAACUGCGGGACGCUGAGCAAGAAAGAGAUAGAACAUUGCUCAAGACCAUCAUUAAAGUCUGGAAGGAGAUGAAAUCUCUCCGGGAGUUCCAGAGGUGCACGAAUACGCCCCUGAAACUGGUUUUGAGAAAGGAAAAAGUCGACCAGAAAGCAGAUGAGGAAGCAUAUGAAGCAGAAAUUGAAGCUGAAAUAAGAGAACUGUGGGAGGAGCAGGGGGAGGCGUAUGAACAGAGGAUGGAGGCGUACAGGACGUCGUACCAGCAGUGGAAGGCGUGGAAGAAAGCCCAGAAGACCAAGAAGAAGAAAAAGAGGCAAGCGGAUGAAGAGCACCCGGAGGAGGAGACCGAGGAACCGCAUCCCGGGGAGGCCCCCGGGAAGCCCACCCCGCCGGAGCCCCCCGACCGCGCAGCCGUGGAGCAGCAGGUGAGGGAGAGAGCGGCCCAGAGCAGGAGGCGGCCCGGGGAGCCCACGCUGGUCCCAGAGCUGAGCCUGGCGGGGAGCGUGACGCCCGGCGACCAGUGCCCCAGGGCAGAGAUCUGGCGGAGGGACGAUGUCAAGAGGCGCUCGGUGUACUUGAAGGUGCUCUUCAACAACAAGGAGGUGUCCAGGACGGUCAGUCGGCAACUUGGGCCGGACUUCCGCGUUCACUUUGGUCAGAUCUUCAACUUGCAAAUAUUCAACUGGCCGGAGAGUUUAACACUUCAGGUCUAUGAAAUGGUUGGACACGGCAGUCCCGCCUUGCUAGCCGAAGUGUUUCUGCCUAUUCCGGAGACCACCGUCAUCACGGGGAGGGCUCCCUUUGAGGAAGUGGAGUUCAGCAGUAACCAGCAUGUGACCCUGGACCAUGAGGGAGUUGGAAGUGGAGUGCCCUUCUCAUUUGAAGCUGAUGGCAGCAACCAACUAACUUUGAUGACCUCAGGGAAAGUGUCUCACAGUGUGGCAUGGGCUGUUGGAGAAAAUGGGAUACCUUUAAUUCCUCCACUGUCGCAGCAGAACAUUGGAUUUCGGAGCGCUCUGAAGAAAGCAGAUGCCAUCUCGUCAAUCGGCACAUCGGGACUGACAGACAUGAAAAAGUUGGCCAAGUGGGCAGCAGAGUCCAGGCUUGACCCGAAUGACCCCAACAACGGCCCUUUGAUGCAGCUGAUCUCGGUUGCUACCAGUGGUGAAUCCUACGUCCCUGACUUCUUUCGACUGGAACAGCUGCAGCAGGAAUUUAACUUUGUUUCGGAUGAAGAAUUGAAUAGAUCCAAACGGUUCAGGCUUCUUUGUCUUAGAAGCCAACAGGUGCCAGAAUUCCGAAAUUAUAAGCAAGUUCCAGUGUAUGACCGAGAAAUUUUGGAAAAGGUAUUCCAGGACUAUGAGAAACGGUUACGAGACAGAAAUAUAAUUGAAACCAAGGAGCACACGGACACCCACAGGGCCAUCGUGGCCAAAUACCUCCAGCAGGUUAGAGAAUCAGUGAUAAACCGUUUCUUAAUUGCAAAACAACAUUUCCUUCUUGCUGAUUUGAUAGUGGAAGAAGAAGUUCCCAAUAUCAGCAUUUUGGGCUUAAGCCUUUUCAAGCUGGCAGAACAAAAGCGACCACUGAGGCCAAGGAGAAAAGGUCGGAAGAAGGUGACAGCCCAAAACCUGUCGGACGGAGACAUAAAGCUACUGGUGAACAUCGUCCGAGCGUAUGACCUUCCGGUCAGGAAGCAGGCAGCAAGCAAAUUCCAGCAGCCAUCGAGGUCUUCGAGGACAUUCAGUGAAAAGCGUGCGGCCUCCCCCAGCACACACAGCCCCACCCACAGUGCCGACUACCCCCUUGGCCAGGUUUUAGUGCGUCCUUUUGUAGAAGUCUCUUUUCAACGAACGAUCUGCCACACAAGUACAGCUGAAGGGCCAAACCCCAGCUGGAAUGAAGAACUUGAACUUCCAUUCAGGGCCCCUAACGGGGAUUACAGCACCACCAGCCUGCAGUCAGUGAAAGAUGACGUUUUCAUUAACAUUUUUGAUGAAGUCCUGUACGAUGUCUUAGAGGAUGACCGGGAAAGAGGAAAUGGGACCCAUACUCGCGUUGAGAGGCACUGGUUGGGAUGUGUGAAAAUUCCAUUUAGCACAAUAUAUUUCCAAGCAAGGAUUGAUGGAACAUUCAAAAUAGACAUCCCCCCAGUUCUUCUGGGCUACAGUAAGGAGCAGAACAUGGUUCUGGAGCGGGGUUUUGAGUCUGUCCGAAGCUUAAGUGAAGGAUCCUACAUCACCCUGUUUAUCACCAUUGAGCCCCAGCUGAUUCCGGGAGAGUCAGUGCGAGAAAAGUUUGAAUCUCAGGAAGAUGAGAAAUUGCUUCAAGCAACAGAGAAGUUUCAAGCUGAAUGUGCCCUCAAGUUUCCCAAACGCCAGUGCCUCACAACAGUGAUUGACAUAAGCGGAAAGACAGUCUUUAUCACACGUUAUCUCAAACCCUUAAACCCUCCUCAGGAGCUCCUUGACAUCCACCGCGAUAAUCCACAGGCAACCGCAGAACUGGUGGCUCGGUAUGUGUCCCUGAUCCCUUUCUUGCCUGACACGGUGUCGUUCGCUGGUCUCUGCGACCUGUGGAGCACGUCCGAUCAAUUUCUGGAUCUCCUGGCAGGAGACGAGGAAGAGCACGCAGUGUUACUCUGUAACUAUUUCCUAUCCCUGGGUAAGAAGGCCUGGCUGGUGAUGGGCAACGCCAUUCCCGAGGGUCCAACUGCCUACGUACUGACUUGGGAAAAAAAUCAUUAUUUAAUAUGGAAUCCGUGCAGUGGACAUUUUUAUGGACAAUUCGACACAUUCUGUCCCUUGAAAAAUGUAGGCUGUUUAAUAGGUCCUGAUAAUAUUUGGUUUAAUAUUCAACAAUAUGAUUCUCCACUAAGGAUAAAUUUUGAUGUUACCAAGCCCAAGCUGUGGAAAUCCUUCUUUUCAAGAAGCCUUCCAUAUCCUGGCCUUUCCAGUGUUCAGCCUGAAGAGCUGAUUUACCAGCGCACAGACGAAGGCGCUGCAGCUGAGCUACAAGACAGGAUUGAAAAAAUACUGAAAGAAAAAAUCAUGGAUUGGAGGCCCCGCCAUCUGACUCGGUGGAAUAGGUACUGUACCUCCACGCUCCGCCACUUCCUGCCCUUGUUAGAAAGAAGUCGCGGGGAGGAUGUGGAAGACACCCACAGAACAGAACUGGUGAGACAGCUGGGAGACUACAGGUUCUCUGGAUUUCCUCUUCACAUGCCUUACUCUGAGGUGAAGCCUCUGGUUGAUGCUGUGUACAGCACCGGGGUGCACAACAUCGAUGUCCCUAAUGUCGAGUUUGCUUUAGCGGUCUACAUACAUCCGUAUCCCAAAAACGUCCUGUCUGUCUGGAUCUAUGUUGCCUCCCUUAUACGCAACAGGUAAUUUUUUUAUUGUACUUUUUAUAUCAUGUAAAAACCACACUUGGGUAUGAUAAUU